GUGAGAAAAUCAGGAACUCCACUCCUCUCCACGUGGUUACUUUUUCUGAAUUAGUUGCCAUUGCUUCAUUGAUUGCUUCCGUGAUUUAUCUUCUGGGGUUCUUCGGGAUCGGGUUUGUUCAGUCGUUCGUUUCCAGGGAUAAUAAUGAUGAAUGUUGGGAUGUUGAGGAUGAAAACGAUGAGCAAUUUCUCUUGGAAGAAGAUAGUCGUCGUGGACCUGCAACUACUCUUGGCUGCACUGCUGUUCCACCACCACCUGCUCUACAAAUUGUCCCAAUGGUACCACCGCAACCUUCCAAGGUCGCAGCUAUGUCCGAAAAACCUGCGCCCUUGGUUACACCAGCAGCGUCUGAGGAAGACGAGGAGAUCAUUAAAUCCGUGGUGCAGGGGAAAAUGCCGUCGUACUCUUUGGAAUCGAAACUCGGUGAUUGUAAGAGAGCUGCUUCCAUUCGUAAAGAGGCGUUGCAGAGGAUUACGGGGAAGUCUCUAGAAGGGCUCCCUCUGGAGGGAUUUGAUUAUGAAUCCAUUCUUGGGCAGUGCUGUGAGAUGCCAAUCGGUUACGUGCAGAUACCCGUUGGAAUAGCCGGGCCGUUGUUGCUCGACGGGAGAGAGUAUUCGGUACCAAUGGCAACCACUGAAGGAUGUUUAGUGGCUAGCACCAACAGGGGUUGCAAGGCUAUCUAUGCUUCUGGCGGUGCCACUAGCGUGUUGCUCCGCGAUGGGAUGACCAGAGCACCUUGUGUCAGGUUUGGCACUGCCAAAAGGGCGGCGGAGUUGAAGUUCUUUGUUGAAGAUCCUGUCAAAUUUGAGACACUUGCUGCUGUUUUCAACCAGUCAAGCAGAUUUGCCAGAUUACAAAGGAUUCAAUGCGCAAUUGCGGGAAAGAAUCUAUACAUGAGAUUUGUGUGUAGCACUGGUGAUGCAAUGGGAAUGAACAUGGUGUCAAAAGGUGUACAAAAUGUUCUUGAUUACCUCCAGAAUGAAUAUCCCGACAUGGAUGUCAUCGGCAUAUCUG